CCCCGACCCGACAAAUCAUCUGCUCUCCGAGAGAAUCGCCGCGCAAUGGAGCGCUCGUGUAUGCAGUGUCAUCAGCGCAAGGUCCGCUGCAGCAAGUCUCUCCCCUGCUCGGCCUGCGCCCGCCUCGGCGUUCCGUGUCGCUAUCCCAGCGCCGACCUCCAUCGGCCCCGACGAGUCCAGAAGGUCACCAUCACCGACCGCGUCGCCCAGCUCGAGCGCAGUAUUGCUGUUCUGGCCAACAGUCCUCUGCCACAGUCCUCGGCUCCGGCCCCUGAGGACCCCAAACAUGACCCCUCGGCGGCCUAUCUGUCCGACCCUCCGCCGUCCCCUAGUCGACGCCAGGAACUGUUAGUGCAGGACGGUGGGUCGACACGUUACAUCAACGAGACGUUCUUGUCGCGCAUUCUCGAGAAGGAUAGCGGUCUGCACAAGGCGAUCGGGACUCCGCAAGACUCCACAGAGUCGACGGGUGGCUUCAGGCCCGAGGGACUACUGUUGUCUCGAUCGCGACGCCCGUCUACGGAUGAGGAACCGUUGGAUCUGUCCAGAUGGCAGGCGGCACAAUUGUGGCAGAUUUAUCGGACUAAUGUCGACCCUGUCGUCAAGAUCCUGCAUUUGCCGACCGUGGAACCAUUGGUGUAUUCGACGAUGAACGAUGGAGGGUCCGAGGAUCUCAAAGCCCUUCUGUACGCGAUCUACUUCGCUGCAGUGACGAGUCUGUCGGCAGCGGAUGCGGCGAACUUACUGGGAAGGGAUAAACGGACUGCGUUGCUUGACUUUCAAGCGCGGAUUGAAACUGCGCUGGUUGAUUCCGCCUGUUUUGACCUGCCAAGCAUCUUGUCGUUGCAGGCGCUAGCCAUCUACAUUACUUGUCUACGAGCCCACAGUACCAGUAGAUCCGGAUGGAUCAUCAACGGUGUCCUAAUUCGGUCGGCCCUCUCCAUUGGCAUCCACCGCGAUGGCACGCACUUCAACCUGUCCCCGCUCGAAGCCGAGAUGCGUCGUCGGCUCUGGUGGCAGAUCAUCAUGCUGGACCAUCGCGCCGCCGAGGACCAUGGCCUAGCCGUACAUGGCUUCGGCGGUCGAGCCGACACGCAUCUCCCCCUGCACAUCGACGACAGCGAAGUUUCAGUCGAGACACGCAUCCUGCCGGGCCCGCGCGCCAAAUGGACCGAGAUGAGCGUGUUCCUGCUGACCGCAGAGAUCGGCAUCGCCUUCCAGCAGCUGUUCCAUAACACGGCAAAAGAACCGACCGAGCCAGCACAGCGACUGCAGACAGUCCACGAGUUGACAUCAUACUUGGAGAAUGCCUACCUGCGUCAUUGCAACAUCAACAUCCCGAUCCAGAAGGCCGGGUGGCUGACUACUCGCUCGUUACUGGCGAAGUUUGAAUUCUUCGUGCAUCAGGAGGGGCUGAAUAAUGAUCGGCCACAGGAAUCGGUGUCGUCAACCGCCGAACAAACCUUAAUUGCGGCUUGUGCUUGUCUCGAGUUGAGCGUCGAGCUUCAAACGGAUGAUCUCCUGCGGGGCUUUCGCUGGUUCUUUGUCAGUUACAAUCAGUUCCAUUGCCUCACGUACAUUCUAUGGCAUUUGUGUGCGCAGCCAACGGGUCCGAAUGUCGUCCGCGCAUGGAACGUCGUCGACGUUGCCUUUGACCUAACGGAAAACGACGCCAGCCGUCCGGAUCCCGGGCCUCUAUGGAAGGUCCUUAGACAUCUGCGAGAGAAAGCGAGACAAAGACGCCAGGACGAGAAUGCCCCACCACAGGUCCCGGAGGUUCUACCGGAGGGGCAAACCCCGGUAGAGAAGCGCGUGGAGGAACGGCCAAUGGACCAGAUCGAGGCGCCACCGGAGGGCUUGGAGGACGUGCUGGCUCCGAACCUGGACCCGAACUCGUUAUCCGAGUGGAUGGACUUCUCGGAGAAUUUGGGAAUUUUCCGGUUUGAUCUGUAGCUUCCUGUACUGUGAUAUCACCUUCAAUGUUUUUGUGGCGAAUAUGGAGCGUGGGCGGCAGCGAUGAUGAUUUUGAUGUAAUGCGAAUGGAUGUGGUUACC